AUGAUGAUGAUGAUGAAGCAUCAGUAUGCCACCUUCCUCAUCACUCUUCUACUAGCUUCUGUAGCGCAAUCGCAAGUCGAACUCUGCCGAAACACGGAUUGGGUGGACGAUGACGGCUGUGGUUGCGAAGAAUACGAUUUCAAUCAAGAAUGGUGCGAGUUGUAUGGCGACUUUGUCUUUGAGGGUGAAUCAGCGAAUACCGCCUGUUGCGCCUGCGGCGGUGGUCGAACGAUCUUUAUCGAUGCCGCCGAAACGGAUCCACCCAUUGUGCUUGGAGAAAAGAAUUGCAUUUUCAGUCCACCUGUGGAAGUGGCUCCUGGCCUUACAGUAGAGAAUUGGGUGGACAAUGACGAACUCACCUUUCGCAUGCGGCUCACGUACGAAGGCAAAUCGUGGAUUGGGAUUAGUUUUGAAAAUGACGGCCGUCCUGGAAAGCCCACCUUUGCCGUGAUUGGCCGACAAGAAGACAAUGAAUCCAGCGUCAAGAAAUACACGCUCAACACCGCCAACCCGGAUGCUUCGGGAGUGGUGGAAAUGCCACAAGGAUCUCAGACUCUGGAAGACGUCCAGUUCUUUCAAACCAACACGAGGACUGUCAUGACCUUUACCAAGACCUUGAAUGAGAUCUUUGACAUUCCCGAACAAGUGGUGACAGAUCGGUCCACUUGGAUCUAUGCUGUCGGCCUUCCCGACAAUGCUUGGACGGGCGCCCAUACGAUUCACGGCAAGUUUAAUCUUGCUUUGAAUCCCUGUUUUACCAAUCCUUGGGAAAUCACCAAUCCGUCCGUCAAUGGCGGUUUGGUGGACGGGAAUGCAGUGGACCGAAGAACCUUUUUUGGAGUGAAACCAAACAAGACUGUCUGGAUUGCCCACGGGAUUUCUCUGGGAAUUGCCUGGGGCAUUAUUGCACCAUUGGGACUCGCAUCCGCAUUCCUGAAGCGCAAGGGUCCCUUUUGGGGCAAGGUGAACCAAUUUGCCAACACUACCUUGCUGCUAUUGACCUGCGCCGGCAUUUUGUUGGGUGUGGUCGCCACUUAUUUGGACGAUCGCUCCAAUCACUUGCAGACGGACCAUUCCUUGUAUGGGGUGGGCGUCUUUGGCGGAUUGCUCGUGUACUGCAUGAUGGCCUUGUACUUUGGCGCCAAGGCGACCCAAAAGGAGAAGCAAGAGGCCGAAGCCCGUGCCCGCAAAAAGGGUCCCCCCGCCCGCGUGGUCAAGCCCAAAGUACGGGAACCCGACGUCAUUCUGGGCAUGGGCGAUGGUUUGGAGAUUGUGCCGGGAGAUUCUCCCCACAACCCCAAGAACAAAAACAAGAAGAAGCAGUCCUUGUAUAGCGAACCCGUGGAGCCUCCACCUUUGGAAGAAGAAGAGGAAGCAACACCCCCCGAAAAGGCUGGUUGUUUGGAAUGGUUCAGCCGUUUUCUAUUCUUGGCAUUGAUUGCCUUGGCGUACUAUACUUGUCAUUCCGGCAUUGAUUGGCAGACAUUUCUGUAUGGUUUGGAUUGGUCGUACUACUAUUGGGGAGUUGGUGCCUUUGGAAUUGUCAUGAUGUUGCUACUCAUUCUCUUGAGCUGCUGCAUGAAGGAUGCUUCCAGCAAGAAAGUGGCUCCCUCCAAUUCCCGAUCCGCUCCAGGAUCACCCGAAAGGGAGAGCGCACCGAAAGAUGGCAACAAUGACAAAAUCACGUUUGCCAAGGGAGUCGAUGAGGAUAGUUACUACACACCGAGUGGUCGGGAUUCCUACGACGAUACCACUACUUUGAAUACAGGGCAAUUGAUGGAAGAAGACGACUUGGAGGACAAGGAGGCCCAACGCAGUCCCAUGCGAAAGUCGUGGGCUAUGGAUACUUGUUGUCUGUAA